AUGUCCUCCGCCGUCUCACACCAGGACGGCUCCGCGGUGUUACGACCACGUGCUGUUCCUGACGCAAGGAAAGUUGAAGAUGUUCUGCUCACCUCCCAAAUAGAGAAGCUGGACACCGAGUCGAGUGGCCACUCGACCCCUAUCCCUGAAGAUGCGCCCCCGUCCGCGCAUUCGAUAUCGACCGCAAGGAAACAGGCCCGGGCUCGAAAUCGGCUCUUCUACACCAUCCAUUAUGUUCCCCGUGUAUCGCACUUUGACCCGCGAAGCGACUAUCAUAACUUCCGAGGCUUCUUCACGCUCUUCUGGAUAGCAUUGUUUAUCAUGGUGGUGACAACGGGGUUGCGGAAUGUCAAGGACACCGGCUACCCCUUGAGAGUUAGGGUAUGGAGCCUUUUGACUGCGAACGUAUGGGCCAUGGGCUUCAGUGAUGUUGCUAUGGUCUGCACCAGUGGGUUCGUUAUUCCCCUCCAGUACCUGUCCAGGACCAGCGGCCUGUUCCGGUGGGAAAGGGGUGGUAUUGUGCUGCAGAGUAUCUUUGAAGCGCUCUGGCUCGCUUUAUGGAUCAAGUGGCCAUUCACGCUACGCUGGACGUGGACUGCGCAGGUCUUCUUCACACUGCACACCCUGACUAUCCUCAUGAAGAUUCACUCUUACGCCUUCUACAACGGCCAUCUUAGCGCAACAGAGCGUCAACUGUCAGCUUUGGAUAAACCUGGUUCGCAACCUACGGGCGAGGCCGUUCGAUAUCCUGAGGUACCGACGCCCAAGCAACCACUGCGACGACCUAGUACUCACGGGCGGUCAAACUCAAUUGCGCAACUGCGCGACGACCUAGCCACCGAGUUGACAUCGCCCAUGGGCAAUGUCACCUACCCGCAGAAUCUCACGCUCUACAACUACGUCGACUUUCUCUUUUGUCCCACUCUCUGCUAUGAGCUCGAGUACCCUCGCAGCAAUGAAAGGUCCUGGAUGGAGAUCGGAUCGAAGACCGCCGCAGUGUUUGGAUGCAUCUUCCUCCUAACACUCGUCAGCGAAGAGUUCAUCCUGCCCGUCCUCACGGAGGCGGGGCUCCACUUACACGCUGCGCACACCCUCGCAGACAAGUCUCUCAUCAUGGCGGAAGCAAUCAGCAUGCUCUUGUUUCCUUUCAUGAUCACCUUCCUGCUUGUCUUCCUUGUAAUCUUCGAAUACGUCUUGGGCGCAUUCGCGGAGAUCACUUGCUUCGCUGAUCGCCACUUUUACUCGGACUGGUGGAACUCAUGCGACUGGCUCGAAUUCUCCCGCGAGUGGAACGUACCCGUCCACCACUUCCUCCGCCGCCAUGUCUACUUCUCGUCUCUAGCGCACUUCUCCAAGCCCGUUGCCAUGUUCAUCACCUUCCUCGUCAGCUCCAUCUUCCAUGAGCUUGUGAUGAGCUGUAUCACCAAAAAGCUGCGCGGGUACGGGUUCCUCGCCAUGAUGCUCCAGCUGCCUAUCAUUGCCAUCCAGAAAUCAAAGUAUCUCCGCCACAAGACGACUCUCAAUAUGUGUACACUAUACGUCCUCGUCUAA